AUGAUAAAAAAAAUAAUUAAUAACCUAAACACAUCAAAUGAAGAAAAAGAUGACGAUUUUAGUCACAGCAAAAACAUUUUAUAUUUAAUCGAAGGGAUAAUAACCCAUGAAGACUCAUAUUGGAAAUAUGCAAAUGUAUUAAAUGAAUUAACAACGUUAUGUUACGAAGAUCCAAUACAUUUUAGGAAAUUCUUUUUUGUAAAAAGUGAAAAUGUCGAAGAACGGAAAAAAAACGUGAACCAAAUUCUGGAUAGAAUACUAGUUGUCCUAGAAAAAUAUGAAGAUUCAAGAAGGACAUUUAUAUAUGCAGUUGCAAAGUUAGUAUUUAUCAAUGCUUUCAAUUUGAAUGUCCAAAUUUUGCGUAUCCUUUGUGGCUUAGGACAUAAUGAGGAGUAUAAGUAUGACAUAUAUUCGGUCUUUGAGGAAAUAGUGGCUCCAGCCAUACUGAAUUCGGCUGAGAAAGAAACGCUGAAGAACAUCUUUGAGGGACUACAAUACACACCAAGGGAUAAGAUGGUCGCACACACCUUCAGUAGUUGCAUACAUAAAGUUAUCAAAUUGCUGAGAAGCUCCUUUAAUGAACAUAUAUUGGAAUUUCUUUCCGUUGCGACGUUGGAUCGGAAAAAUUGUUUAAUAGCAUAUGACGAGGGCCUCCUAAAGAUCCUUACAACAGAAAUAACCAAUCGGCAGGAAGACAACUUUGAAGAUGCACCAGAAUACCUUGAAAAGGUAUAUCUGAUCGUGCAACAACUAUGCUGCAACCAUUUUAAACAUUGCGCAAUGCUGGUAAAGGAAAAGAUGCAUUUAAAUUUUUAUUUCAAAAAGAUUAAAGAAAUGAUAAAUAAGGAUUUUAUGAAAAAUUUUUCCAAAAAAAAAUCUAUUUUUUGUAAUAUAAUAAUUUUUACAUUAAGUAAUAUUUGCAAAUCUGAUAAGGAAAUUUUAUACGAAUUAUGCAACACUCAUCACUUCAUUGAUUUACUUUUAACUGGCAUUAAAAUGGAUAUGAGCAAUCCAUACUUUUUAAGUGCAAGUUUGGCUGGAUUAUUAAUAGUUUUGAAGAAUGAAGAAAUGUAUAAAAACAACAUUGAAUAUAUAUUAAAUAAUACUAAUAAUUUAAAAAUAAUAUUACCUUUUUUAUUUGGACAAAAAUAUAAUAGUAUGUUAAACUAUUACAGUAAAUCAGAUGAAAAUGUGGAAACUUAUUUAUAUGAAGUUGUUAAAUAUUCCCUUGGUAUUUUUGCCUUUUUUUUUAUGAAGGGGGUUGAUAAGUUUUCAAUAAAAGUAAAAAAGGGGUUCGUGGAUAGCGGCAUUAACUAUUACUUGCUCACAUGUCUAGAAAAGAAGAACGAAGAUAUUAUGAUUCGCCUUCUGCGGUGCAUCUGCCUAAUCCCAUUUGAGGACUGCAAAUCCAUUGAAUUUCACAAAAUAUUUUUCAUCCUUCGAGAAAAGGAAGUUACUCUGAACGAAAAAUGGAAGGAAAUUUACUACUAUUGCGUGAAGAUAUACAUAAAUGUAGUAAACAAUGAAGAAGUAACAAAAAUUAUUGAAUUAUACAAAUUUGAAGAUACCAUCACGAAUAUUUUGCGAAUUAUGAACCAAUUUCUCCGCAGGGCAGUUAUUCUGCAAAAAAAAAACGAUCUCGUAUUGUUAAAAGGGAGAAUAAAUUCACAGAGGAAUCAUGGUGAGUAUGAAGUUGGAGAAGCAGAUGGAGCUGAUGAAACAGAACGUGAAGAAAAGACGGAUACAUACCAAGAUAGAUACACCAACUUUGAUUUGGAUACACGAGAAAUCGACUUGAAUAAAAUAACUGUGGAACUAUUGAUAACAUGCUCAAGAUGCACCCAAUUAAGAUUCUUCAUGAGAAACAACUCAAUCAGCUAUUACUACAUAAAUGCUUUGACAAAUGAAGAUAGCUUAUACAAUGAAAUAAAUAUAGACUAUGACAUUUUAAUUGAACGAACGUGGUGUUCUACUAUUGAUAAUAUAUUCAAAGCGUUAAUGAAAAACAAUAUUUCAAAAAAUAAAAAAAUAUGUUUACGUCUUUUAAUUAAUGUAGCUGAUAUAUUUAGUGGUUACUUUUAUCAGUUCAAAGUACCUUCCAAUUGUGAUAUAUUCUAUUUAUGCACUCUUGAAGAAAAACAUUGGAAUAAGAAAAAAAUUUUACAAUAUUUUUAUAAAAUGACUAAUGAUGACCUUAGUGAUUAUAAAAAACAACUUAACACAUUUUUCAAACACUACAUGAUGAAUUUGCAUACCCUAUUGGAAGUAUUUGUUGAAAAAAAUAUUUUCACACAUUUGAAAAAAGAACAAGAAGAAAAUUAUUUUCCUGGAGUACUAAAAUUUAACAAACUGAAAUAUGAAAAAAAAAUUUCAAAACUAAAGUUAAAAGAAAAGGAAAUCAGAUCUAAAAUUCAACAUGAACAAACGGAGAAAAAGGACACUACACCAAGUAACCAUCUUACUGAGGAAUUACAAAACAUAAAAGACAAAAAGAAGAAAUUGUUCUUAUGGCUACAUAAUAACAAUUUCAAACAGACAUUUGACAUAUCUCUUGUGGAUGACGAAAUUGAGCUCAAUUUUGAGCACAUGUUUGAAAUUCCCAAAGUGGUGAAAAAAAAAAAAAACAUUAAAUAUAUGAGUGGAAAUACCUAUGGAUAUAAAAACAACUCUAAUGUAACAAUUUUGAAAAAGAAGCUAUCUGCUCAUUCCACGGAUGGCUCAUUUGAGGAUGAUCAAAAAAAUAACAACAUUGGUAAAAAUGGGGGAGUAAAUGAUGAACAAAAAAAUAUGAAUAAUAAUUUAAACCAAACUGAAGGUGAAAUACUAAUAAAAACACAUGAAUCUCACAAAGGUGUGAAACAAAACGGUGAAAAUAAAUAUUAUUCUGGCAAGUCCUCUAGCAGUGACCCAACUUACCAUAUAAACGAAUCGUCUGCAUCUUCUCUCGUGGAAGAAAAUCCAAACGAAAGUAUUUUAGACAAAAUUGCAUGCGAACUUUUAUGCUUUAAUAAGGAAAAAAUAUAUGAUCACAAAUGUAACCAGCUGAAUAUGCUUCUUUUUAACAAAAGAGGAAUUUUUGUAAAUUAUAACAAAGGAAAGGUAAAUAUAGCUUACAUAUUGCACACCUUUUUACGAAUUUUCUACAGCAUAAUUAUAAAUAACACAGAUAAUAAUGAAAAUUACACCAGAGUUAAAGAAUAUUUUUUAAAAAAAAAUGUCAUAAAAUCGCUGAUAAAUCUUUUAAGUCAAUGCAGUUUUUACGACUGUAAUGUGUAUGCUCAUUUUUUCCGUUUAUACAGUGAGAUUUUAAAACAAAACUUAACAGCAGUUGAAUCUAUGGAUAUGUUAAUUUUUUACAAUAUUUUUUCCUACUAUUGUAAAUUAUUAAGUAGGGAAUUUGUUAGCAAACUCAUCAAUGAAGAAUAUGUAUUAUCAGAUAAUGAACAAUAUUUUUAUGCAGAAUUUUGUCAACUAUUUUAUUAUUUUACACAAAAAAUUAUUUAUAUACAAUUUUCACAUUACAGUGAAAUACAAAAAUGGUGUGUAGAUUGUUCUCUAUUUUUCCUCUUUUACAAAAAUAAUAUUUUACUAUUACUAUAUCUUUUUAUAUAUAUAAAUAGUGUCCAUCAUGGGUCUGUAUAUGCCGCGUAUAUUUAUCACAAGAAAAGCUUUAGCUAUAUCCAUACCAUAUUUUUUUACACCUUCUUUACAAUAUCUUACUUGAUGUGCUUUUCAAAAAAGUUGAAAUAUUUUAUUUUGUAUUUUAUAAAUUAUAAAAAAUAUAUUCACAACGUAUUAUUCAGGAUGUCUAUGUUGCAUGCACUCUUUCUAUAUUACAAGUUGAUAUAUCUACGAAUAAUUUUGCAGAAUCAGUUGUCCAUUCAAAGAUGUGCACCAACACAGGUUUAUCACAUAUCACCGAUUAUAUACCUUCGGGAAAAUGCUAUAGAAUGGUAUUUCCUGGCAAUCGGAUUGGAUAAAUAUUAUCUUGUAUACAUACCAGACAAUUUGGAAGAAAAUAUUACAGAUGAUAAAGACAUAAAAUUAGUAAUACAUUCUGAAAAAAAAUAUGCAGACAUAACAAGAAUAUGUUUGAGUAAGUUGAAUGACAACUUUUUCGUUUUUGGUUACAUAUGUCAUGAAAACGGCAAAAGUUAUGAGCAAUAUGACAUGUUUAUAAGCUUAAAUAAACAUUUUCGUGAUGAAAUAAUUUCAUAUUCCCAAUUUUUAUCUGGGGGUAGUUAUCAUGCAAAGGUUGAUUUGGUACAAGAUAAUAUAUUCAAAAAUAACUUGGAAAAUCACAUGAACGUUCAGAACAUUAUUAUUACAUCUUUUGCAUAUAUGGAAAUAAAUCCAAGUGUUUGUACAAAAAGUAAAAUAAAAACAGAAGAUAAAAGGCAAGACAAUCUAAACGGUUAUGAAGAAUCAUAUCAAUCUGAAAUAAUUUCCGAAUCACAUUAUAGCGAUUUUAUUAGUACAUACAAGAACGAUGAACAAGCACAGAAUUCUGAUUCUGAAUCGAACCCUGAGCAAUUCAACAUUUUCAGAAGAAAUACUAAUAACAAGAAAAAAAGAAAAUUAUUUUUCUUCGUUUUAACAAAAAAUCAUUUAUACAUUUUCAAAGUAAAUUUUAAAAACUGGUUAUGUCUAAGUCCAUUUAUCGAUGAAGAAAAAGAUGAUAUACAUCUUUAUGUCGAAUCGAGCAUAGAUAGUGCAGACGAAGAAUCAGGUACAGGGAAAAAAAAAAUUUUUACCAAUGAGAAGAUAUAUUUAAAUAAUUUCCUAGGAUUGUGUGUCAAUUCAAUGAAUGAUGAAAAUAUUGUAUUUACCAGAAAAUGUGCAGUUAGAAAUACUAUAAAACAUGUCUACUCAAGCAACAAUACAGAAUAUACUAAUGAACAAAUGGUAUUGUCUGCCAAUGUUACUACAACCGUUCAGACAGAUGAACCCAACGACGGUGAACUUGUAAAACAUUACCAACAUUUUGAACAUAACCAGAGGUAUCUAUCUGCAAACAAAUAUUUCCUAAAAAUUGUGCACAAAUACAACAAUGAAAAUUUAAAUAAAAUUAAAUUUGUAAAUAAUUAUGAAAGUAUAAUUGCGCUUAACUACAGAGUGAAGCAUGGCGAAUCAACAGAAAAAAAAAUUAAAAUUAUCAUGUUUGAUGAUUAUACAAGGGAACUUUGGAAACGCUCUCUGGCAUACUCUCUUAACAUUCAAAUGACAUCCUCGGAGUGGGUGCGAAAAUGGACCUAA